CUUCACGCAGACUCUGUUACCCAGUGCAGCUCCUUUAUUGAAUGAUGUUGUCCAGGGUUCUAGCAACCAGCCUGAAGCAGCGAAAGUGUAUGCCCACAGCAUGGUGAGAACGGACAGUAAAGAGCAGAAGCUGGAUGCAUUCUUCCUGAAGCCGGCGGCGUCUACCAGCCAGUCCGUGUCGUCACAGGGUGGGUGUGACGAGUUCAUGGAAAUAAGCCCUGGGGAGAGGAGUACUAAUACCCCAAGAAUUAAGAAAGAAAGCGAGAUGGAGAACAUUAUUAUUGAUGAAGAGGAAAAUACGGUGGAACCAGGACCAAAGCGGAGAGAAAUCAAGCUGACAAGUGUCCUGGAGUUAAAAAAAGAGAUAGAACAAAACACUCACACAGGUAUCAGAGAUCUUCUUCAGAAUCACAAGUUUGUGGGAUGUGUGAGUGAGGACCUAGCCUUGGUACAACACGGAACCAAACUGCACUUAGUGAACACAUCAGUCCUCUCGAAAGAGCUGUUUUACCAGAUAAUGAUGUAUGACUUUGGUAACUUUGGUAUCCUGAGGUUAUCGGAACCUGCUCCGAUAUACGAGUUGUCAAUGCUGGCGUUGGACUGUGAAGAGAGUGGCUGGGUGGAGACUGACGGGCCCAAGGAGGAGUUAUCACAGUACAUCGUGGACUUUCUCAAGUCCAAAGCCGAGAUGCUGCAGGAUUAUUUCUCAUUAGAAGUGGAUGAGCUGGGGAAUCUAUGCACCCUGCCAUUGUUGUUGGACAACUACGUGCCAGCUCUAGAGGGUCUACCAAUGUAUGUGCUGAGGCUAGCCACUGAGGUUGACUGGGAGUCGGAGAAGGCGUGUUUUGAGUCUUUCGCUCGGGAAACCAGCGAGUUUUAUUGUGUCAAGAAGAGUCUCUUUAGUGCUGCGCAUCAGAAGAAAAGCAGUGAGCAGUCACCUGGGUGGAAGUGGACAGUGGAACACGUGAUAUACCCCGCCUUGAGGAACACUUUACAUCCACCCAAGGCCUUUGCGGAGGACGCCACGAUUCUGCAAAUUGCUAAUUUGCACGAUCUGUACAAAGUGUUUGAGAGGUGUUGAUCGUAAGCUGAUUCCUGAUUGAUGGGAUUACACAGGGGCAGAGAACAGUCCUCAGAUUUUGACGCACUGCAGAUAAAACUGUUGCGUGAGAACUACAGCCAUAUGUCUCACGUGGCAGGAUGUGAUUGCUCUUGAAUGAUGACAUAAAUGGAUGUUAUUUUCAGCAAGACCAGCCCUUUUAGUGGCGAUGUCCUCGAGCCGAAGAUGGAAUCGGUGAGGCCAGUUGACAGCGGGCUUAGUCAGGUCAGAAGCGGUAACCGGUGAUUACGGUGGAUUGGCCGUCCAUCAGAUUGGCAGUCGAUCAAGUAAACAAUUUAUUCUUAAUCCGAAGUACGGUGACUUCGGAACUGUAGUGAAUGGAAGACGGAUGUGUUUGACGUUCUAGUAUAAAUACACAUACGUCUGUCUCUGACAUUGAAAUAUUGGCUUCGACAUAUACAUAUAUUGUGUCUGUAAAUAGGCUGGAAAACAGGUAAAAUCAAUACUGUUGAUUACAGUUGCCAUGAAGCAAAAUACUGUUAAUAUGUAAACUGAUGGCGUCAAUAAAAACUCCAUUUAUCUUC